AUGACCAAGCCUUCUCUUCAUACAUGUCCAACGUUGGAUGGACCCAGAUCCAUGACGAAACUUGUAUGUUACUUGAUCACAUGCGGAAUGUUAUCCAUGUUGCUCGUACUCUCCUCUCGAGAGGCAUGCAUGGUCUCUCCUGCCAACAUUACCUAUUCCCAAAGUAUUCUCACUCCAUAUGUUAAUCCCGCUGAUUACCCAGCAGCAAAUUUCAGACAAAUCAGUACGGCUUUCAAACUCUAUUGGAAAUUAUUAAGGAAUGAAAAGAGUUCGAAUAUCAAUGAUGCUAUUUUAGAAUUUGGAGUGACUGUCACUGGAAUUACUGGAUAUAUUGGAUUAUGUUUUGGAAUUACUUCAGAUCCUAUGAGAGGAGAUACCAUGUUUGGUUAUGUUACAGCCAAUGGUGAGCCAACAAUUGUCGAUGCAUGGAUGACCAAUGAACCAAAUCCUCCAAAAGCAGAUGCAAGCGAUGACUUUAUUCAACGAAAUGGAGGUUCACGAAUUGUGAAUGGAGUUCGAGAAACAAGUUUGAAAUGGACUCGCUUUGUCAAGACCAACGACACUCUCGAUUAUACAUUUCCCAAUGCAAACAUUCGAUUGUCAUGGGCCUAUCAUCGAACCUCAACGUCCAUGGUUGAACACACUAGUCAAGGAUCUGCUGUAACUGCAAACUUCUUGGCCACUGGAUUUGCAACUGGGGAAUAUGGACAAUUACCACAACCACCUGUGAUUGGACAACAUGGAAACUCAUCCAAUUGUUCAUUGCCCUCUACCUAUGCUCAAAGUAUCAUGACUCAGUUUGUCAAUCCUUCUGAUUAUCCCUCUGCAAAUGCUCAGGUCAUGGGAACUUAUGGCACUGGAGAUUCCUUAACCUUGUAUUGGAAGAGAUUAACAAAUCCAGGUACUGGUGGUGAUAUCUUGGAAUUUGCCAUGGUGGCCACAGGAAUUUAUGGCUACGCCUCUGUUGCAUUCAAUCAUGCACCUUCAAGUGGCAUGCAAACAGCAGAUACUAUAUUUGGUUAUAUAGAUACUCAGGGUAAUCCUGUCAUUAUUGAUGCGUACAUGCAAGGAAAUUUACAAGCCCCAACGGUUGAUGCCAAACAAAACAUAAUCAUGAAGAAUGGAGGAAUUCGUCAAGUGAAUGGUCGAUACGAAGUGCAUCUUAAAUGGACUCGUCUCGCCGACACUAAGGACACUGCAGAUCAUACCUUCACUAAUGCACAAAUUCCUUGUUCAUGGGCUGUGAGUAAGUCAGGAACCUCUCUCAACUCUCCACACUCCUAUCGUGAUAAGAAUGUGAUGAUUAACUUCAUGUCAAGUCCUGCUUUGACUCAGACUUCACCUCCUCCUGGAAGUUCAUUGGCCACUUGUGGAAGUAAUUCAACAAAUUCAGAUUUGGGAUCUUUGGUUGUGGGUGAUUUAAGUGGUGCGAAUGUUUAUCGAUGGCAUUUGAUUGUGACAGGAAUUAUAUGUGGUGCGUUAGUGAUUUGUGGUUUCUUAUUGUCCGUAGUAGCACCUCGAGUGAAUCCAAAUCUCUUUUUCGAUUUAAUCUUGUACAGAAGAUUUACCAAAUUGGUCACUGUGAAAUAUUUAGGUCAAUAUUUCACAAACGUUGCUCUGGAUUUGACAGUAGGCGAAUUAAUUGUCAUUUCUUGUUACUGGAUUCUUAUCAUCGUUUGGUUUAUUUAUGGAUUUAUAGGUAGCUCUGUUGCACCUGCAGGAAAGGCCUUUGCCUCCGUUUGCGUUUUUAAUUUUGGUCUUAUUUUGUUCCCAGUCACGAGAUAUUCAGUGCUCCAGGUGUUAUUUGGUGUUUCUUUCGAUCGAGCCAUUAAAUUCCAUCGAUGGCUUGGAAUACUUCAAUGGUGGUAUGUCACUGCUCAUGGAGUUGCAAUGGUUGGUUAUUACUAUGGGUCAGACACUUAUUUGGUUUCUUUAGCGAGUCCUUCUUAUCCUAUUUUGGGAAUUAUUGCAUGGUUCUUUAUGAGUUGCUUGUGGUUAAUGACUUUCCCUGCCAUUCGUAGAAAGUUGUGGGAAGUCUUCUUGAUUUCUCAUAUUAUUCUUUCGAUUCUAGUUGUGAUAUUUUCAGUAAUUCAUGGUUCAGGAUAUAUUAAUUUAUUACCAUACAUGGGACUGUCGAUUGCUUUUUAUUUAUUUGAUGUGCUAUUAAGAGUUGUGUUUGGCUUUGGAGUUCCAACUCAACUUGUGAGCAUGCAAUAUAACGAGCAUGCAGAAGUAACCACCAUUACAAUGAGGAAACCCUUCUUGACAUUUGGCAGCAAUCCUUCCCAUGGACAUUUCAUCUUUUUGUACAUUCCAGGAGUGUCUCUCUAUCAACACCAUCCAGCAACAGUCAGCAGUUGUAAGACCAUCGAAAGUUCUUCCAAACAGAAGGAAUUAGAAUUCACAGUUCACAUUCGUAACUUCAACUCUGGAUGGUCUCUCAAAGUUGCAAAAGUUGCAAAAGAACAAGCAGAAUUGAGAAGGAAUUUACCAGCCAACGAAUCCAAACUAAUCAAAUUCUGUCGAGUGGAAGGUGCCUAUGGUAAUUUAUCAGUUCCACUCUUCCAAUACAAGACCAUAGUUUUAAUUGCAGGAGGAAUUGGAGUGACACCUGUGAAUGCCAUCUAUUCUGAUUUGUUGGAAAAGUAUUCCAAUACUGCUACCAAACGAGUUUAUUAUUCAUGGUCGAUUCGAUCUGAAGAAAUGAUUGAAUUGUUCCCAGCUUUGACACGAGAUGGAGGUAAACAUUUCCAUCCUCAUAUUUAUGUCUCUAGAAAACCCAAAGAUUUGGAAAAACAUGAUCCAAGAAUUCACUAUUGUAGAGCCAAUCCCAAAGAAUUUCUAGAAAUGGUAAAGAAACAAUUGAAAGAACAGUAUGGAUGUCAAGAAGGGCAACUUGAAUAUGUCGGUGUUUUGGUGUGUGGUCCCGAGCAAUUGAUUACAAGUGUUUCGAACGCUGUGUGGGAUUGCAACGAAAGAAAUGGAAUUCGAUUCCAUUUACAUAAAGAGACCUUUACUUGGUAA